CCGGGGUGCAAAAGUUCUUUGCAGAAAAAAAAAUCAUUUUCGACAAAAACAAUUUUUCCAUUUUCUUAUUGAAGAAAGAGAUUUGAAAUGAAUAACUUGUAAGUGAACGAAUCGAAGAACCCGAGGCAUUUAAAAUGGCUGACAUGGGUACCAAUCGUAGAGAGGACAUCAAAAAGUAUGGGACAGCCACUGUGGCAGCAGCGCUCCUUAUCAUCCUGUCUGUGUCGACACGUUCCGCCACUUCCAUCCUAACACCUAUCUGGCUUGACGCUCGAAAAAACGACACCAAUAAUACUGACAGUUGUGACAUAAACUACAACAAAACAUCAGACCCACAAAUUGACGCAUUUGCCAUUAUGUGCAUUGUUAACGUGAUCUUUUUUGUGUUCUGGGGUGUAAUGUUAUUUUUGAAUAUAUGUUUCUCUCCAUAUUCGAUAACCAACGAAGAAAGGAAGUAUGACAAAAGGGAAUUUGCUUUGGUUGGAUUUUCGGAUACUGUUUCCGGUCUUCUGUUUGUGUUUGCAAGUUCUGGAUGUCGUACAGCGCCAUACCUCCAGUCCAUAGCAGCUAACUUCGGUGUUCCUGUAACGUUCAUAAUCAGAUACUUAUUGCUGGGGAAGAGGCCAACAUGUAGGAAGACGGCAUGUGCAGUGUUGGUGCUGUUUGCGGAGUUUACAGCCUUGGUCCCAGACAUCUGGCCGGGCCUCGAGAGCCAAGCUGCCAGACAGGACCAGGGUGGGGCAUCCGGCUUUGCAGGAAUACUCUGGCCUCUGUGCUUCUUUUUCGGCUUUAUUCCGUUAGCCCUAACAUCAGUUAUUCUAGAGAAGGCAGUAAAGACCUCAUCCACAGACCGCAGCAAAUCGUCGGGCCUUAACAUCGCCUACGUUCUUUUCUGGUGCUAUGGUUUCAGCCUGGUGUUUCAUGUUCUCUUGUUUUGGGCUGACAUUAUACCCGGUUUUGGCAUGGCAGAUGAUAUCUUGGAGUUUGCCAAAAGUUUCUGGUGGAACAUGGAGUGCUACGUGGGUAGGGAAGGAUGUCAUGGUGCUGUUAUGUACGUGUCUGUUGCCUGCACCGCCUGUCUGUUUCUCAACAGGCUUGUGAACACGUACUUUCUGCGUUACCUGGAGGGAGCCAACUAUCUAGUCAUUAUUACGACAAUCCAGACGCCGCUGGUGUUUCUGUUUUUCACGCUAUUUGAUGAGAAUCCUGUACGAUGGCAUCCGCACGCCUACCUCUCCACCUAUCUUAGCUUGGCUGCACUGUGCAUCAUGAUCCCCGCUAUAUACAUCUACGACACUGGUGAUCCAGAGUGUGUCCCACAAAAACCACGAGAUGAGUUGACUAACGAGAUCCUAACCACUGUAACGGCUAGUGUGCAGACAGACACGGGCAACUCAGGAGAUGACAUGCCUCCUCUCAUAGAAUUCAAUGCAGACGAUGCUGAUGAAACCACUCCGUUGAUCGACUUGUACACAGAAUUACCAAACCCUGUGGUCAGCACAACCCCUACUGUAGACUUUUUGGUAGAAACUGGUUGGCAGCCGCCUCCGGUUUACCAGGAGAGAGAUGGAAAUGCGAGUACUUCUGUGAUGUACAGAACGGGCGUGCAGAUUCCCAAAUAUGGGAAUUCUAGUAACCACCACAAUGGUGCAUCUAGUUACUAAUGUGUACAAAAAACAUCGUGAUUUAUGCCAAAAUGUAAAGCUACAAACUUAACCGGUGUAAGGACAUCCAAAUUUUGAGAGUAUUAUUUCACCACCAUAAUGGUGUGUCUAGUUAUUAUAAUGUGUAAAAUGAACAUUGUGAGUGAUAAAUCCAAAAUGUAAAGCUACAAACUUAACUGGUGUUUGGACAUCCAAAUUUUGAGAAUAUUAUUUCACCACGACAACGGCGAGUCUAUUUAUAAUUGUGUUCUAUAAAUAUUGUAGUUAUUAUUGUGUUCCAUUAAUAUAGUGAGUGAUUUAUGCCAAAAUGUAGGGGUAAAAACUUUACUGGCAUUGUGACACCCAAACUUGGGAGUAUUACUGAACAUCACAAUGUGACACUAGUUGUCAAUGUGUACAGCAGUGCCAUUGAUUUAUUAAUUAAAUAUUGUAAAAUAUUGUUGCACAAAGUCUAGUGUAUAUUAUUGUUUAAAAUUUGCCAAAGAAUUUUUGCUUCAGCUCUAAAUUGUUGUUGUUUACAUUUAUUGUUUUGCUUGUUAAUAUUGAAGAAUGCGUAAUGUUGUUCAUCAUCUAUGGUGCUAUUGCUUUUUGUUAUAAUUAUACUAAGCCAUGACUAGUUCUGUAAAAUACAUUGUGUAUAGUAUUAUAACUUAAUCAAAACUAUAUGACAAGUAUCUAUGUUUGUUACAUGCUUUAUGUUGUUUCCGGUGAAAUAUAACCAACACUUUUUUUUCUGUAUUACACAUGUGUACUAUAACAAUAUCACUCCGAAUAUUUGUAAAAAAAAUUAUUGGAAAAUAAUUGCUUAAUUGGUAAUAUUCCAGCAAGUCAUAUGUUUAUAUCUCAUUUUGUUUUAAUUAAAUAGAGGAUUUUUGUUGAUUUCAGUGUAAGAUCAUAUUUUUUUUCAUGAGUGUCAUAGAAAAACAUAUUUUCACGAGUGGCAAAGCUUUGAUCAAAUUUUUAAAAAAACAACGCAAUAUGAUAUGUCGCAAACCUAAAACUAGAAAUUUGUUCAACGUUCCUUUGAGUUGAUUGAAUAAUGAUGUCACAGAUUAUAAACCUUGCAAAAUUUGUCCACUGCAAAAAAAUCACAUAUUAAAUUAUAAAAUCCACUGUUUGCCUUUCGCUCCCACACCCUGGGCUUCCACUGGUCAUCACAGGAUCUGGUUGCACUUUGUAUGGUCACUUGACUCUUGGGGUACUACCAUGUUGACAUCAUCUUACCUGUUGUAUUAAUGUAUCAUGAACUAUGCAUUCAUGUAUUAUUAAUUUAUUUGUAUUUUCCAAGUGCUCCCUGAAAAUCUGCCUAAAUUGAUAGUUUUGGUCAUAUGUUGUAUUAAAGGCAUGUUAAAAAGUCUUUUGAAACUAUACUUUCAUGUAUUAUUAAUUGAUUUGUUUUUUUCAAAGUGCUUUCUAAAAAUCUGGUUAAAACAUCAUUUAAACAUUAUUUUACUGAUUGUCGAUGCUUGCCAUAUGUUUGUUGUAUAUAAUGUUGAAGCCUGUCGGUAUAGAGGGUAUAUAUUCUAGUACCUGUAUGUUAACUGGAACCAGUGAGAGGUGAGAGUGAGAGUGGUCUAGUGGUAUAGGUCUCCGCCUCUCACCCAAGAGGUUGUGGGUUCGAUCCCCACCAGGGGUACUUUCUCAUAGCUUCUCAAAAAAAGGACACAGUACUGGUUUCUGCCCAGGAAACGGACUCGAGAGUGAUUCUAUAAGCUAUCAGCUUUCGUCACAAUCGAGCUAAAAAAAAAUUAGUAUAAACCAACUGGAACCAAUGACUAUCUCACAGACGAAAAGUCCCAUUCAGUCUUUGGUCAUGUCAAUUUGAUUCAGUGUUUAGUGUCAUGGGGUGAAUGAAAUUGAGAAUGUAAAAAGCUUAAUAAUUAGAUUGACAAUAAUCUGAGUCAAGAAUAUAUCAUAUACAGGGAUAAGUUCCAUUUUCUAGAUUUUACAGAAAAGUCCUACAAAUGUGAAGCAAAUUACUUUUCUUGUUAUCCAAUUGUCAAUAGUAGAUUGCAGCGUGCACUCUCUCUUAUUCAUUGUUAGUAGCUUAUGCAUUUGAUGUACAAUCAUGUAAAUUUUGGAGGCCUGGGCCAUUUUUACUGUCUCAAGUCUUAGUUCUUACUGAAGGCUCAAAAUUGUAAAUCUUCAUUUCACUGUAACUUUCCUUCUAGCAUAGUACUGAUGGUGAACUCUGCUGAAUCACAUUACUAUUUGAAUGUUUUACUAUCAUUUGCAUAUAUUUUUGUAAAAAAAAUGCAAUAAUACUGAUUUUUAAUUACUUCAUUAAAAUACUUUUCUGAGCCUGAGUAUAGACUUGGACUUGAGACUGUUCCUAGUCAUUGGCGAUGGGUCAGUAUUCAUAAAACAUCUUAAGUCAUUUCCUAACUUAAGUCAGUUUUUUAAGUAUCUUACUUUUCAAAUUAUAUUAUAUCAUAGUACGAACUGAAAUACUUUAUUUACAUUGAUUUUAAUUAAUAUAAAAUGAUAUGUUAAAAACACUUAUACAUUUCUUUUAAUGCGGCUUCAAAAAUCUUAGGACACUUCAGUAAAUAGUAAAGGAUUAAAAAGUUAAAUGAAUACGGCCCUUGGUGACUCCCUAUCCUUUUUGUAUCAUAUAUCACGGGGUUUAGGUUGUAGAGGAAGAAUGUGUAAAUAAUAUACUGAUAAAAAUAUGGCAAACACAAGGUGUUGAACUUGAAAAAUUGAAGAAUCAGUCAUUUGACUACCGUAUUCCAGUUGAAAUAAAGAACAAAAGUGCAAACUGUCAUAACUUGUCUGUAAUGUAAUUCCAUUCAUUUAGUUAAGGUAUACAUUAGUAAUAAGUUUGCAAUACCCUUUUAAAUGAUACAAAAAAUAAUAUGGAAUAUGGCGUCAUCAGGUAUCAAAAUUUAACAUUAUGGCCAAUGGCAUGAUAGAACAAAAGUCUAUUUGAACAUCUGGGGUGGUAUUCAUAAAAUUCUUAAGUUAUUUCCUAAUUUAAGUCACUUUCCUAAUUUUAGUAUCGCUUAAGUCUUUGAAAUAAUAAAUUCCAAAAUACAUUUUUUUCAUUGACAUUGUAGAAAGAAACAUUCUUAAAAGUUAAAACACUUGGACAUUUCUUUUAAUUUGACUAAGAAAAUUUUAAGUAAUUAAGUUAGGAAAUGACUUCAGAUAUUUUAUGAAUACGGCCCCAGAUACCUUAAGAUUGAAUUGUAUCAAUUUGCCUUGAUGUAUAAUGGCAGAAGGUAUUUCAUUUCAUGAUGCAGUUCAUAUCUUACAAUGUGUUUUUUCUAUGGGAGAAAAAUGUUCAGUCAUCCCAUUAUUUUUUGUUGUUUUUUAAAUGUGUUAAAAUUCACAUAUUUAGCUACCGGUAGUCGCUCUUUUGGUGUUUAUAAAUGUAGCCCUGAUAUUUUCUUGCCAAAACGUUUUCAUUCGCAUCAACCGCAAAAACCAUUGAAAAAAUUCACAUGAAACUUGGUACACAUAAAGGGUCCUAAAAUUCGGGAUUAACUCAGAAAUUAGGGGCAGUCUUAAUGAACCGUCUUAGAUCUGACUCAAGAUUCAAAAUUGCGAAAUUCCAUUUCUUUGUAUCUUCCCUUAUAACACAGCAUUCAUGAUGAGCUUUGCUUAAUAAUAAAGUUAAACUCUCUAUGUUUAAGUGUUUGGGAAAGUUUCAAAUAAUCAUAACAUCGAGAUAACAGAGUUCGACAUAACGAGAUUCGACUGUAUAACUAUUUGAAUGCUUUACUAAUAUUUACACAAUUCAAUGGCCUCACUUCAAAAUGCCGCUGCAUUUUUCCAGUUUCAGAUUUUUUAAUCACUAAAAUCAUAUAGGCGAUGGGCAUCUAAUUGCUAAGAGCCAAAUAAAUUGGCCAAUGAGAAAAAGGUGUAUCGUGUGAUCAAAAUGUCAAAACAAUGAUUGGACACCUCACAGAUAGACACAAAUGCUGAACUUUUAGAUACAGUAACUAAAAAAAAAUUUGUAAGCUAGGCAUUUUGUAAAAAUGAAAAGUGUAAUCUAAUUACCAAGAAAAUACCAAAGAAUGUUUGCUUCUGAAAUUUUUUGAUAUUGUAGCUUCAGCAAGUGAGGCCAUCGAUAUAAUUUUGUAACAGAAAUGGAAUUAAGAGUAUUUAUAGUUUGUUUAUACAAAUGCUAUUUUGAAUCAGAGUCUACUCUCAGAAUUUUAAGACUGUUUGUAAUCAUAGUCCUAGGAAUGAGAGUUUUUAACAUCAGACUAUUGUACAGUUGUAAAUAUUGAUUUUUUGCUUUGACACUUGCAUUAAAACAUUAAUAUGUUGAUAUGAAUAUAAAUGACUUUGGAAACGAUUUUCAAAGGGUUGUAAGUCCCUUUACGCUGCUUUGGCCAUGCAUUGCCAACCUUGGAGGUUAUCAGGGUAACGACGAUUUCUAUCGAGAUCUUCUCUACGUGCAAUAGUAGCGUAAAGAUAGGCUAAGUUAGAAAUUAUGAAUCCCUCAUACUCAAACAGAUCCCAAAUCUAUUUUUCAGGAUUGACAAAUUUUAGCUGUUUGAAACCCAUCUGAGGCAUUAUCAGUGAUAAUACAAAUGUGAAGAAAGGCCUCUAUCACAAGUUAGCAGUUUUUGCGAUGCUCUUGUUUUAAACUGUAUUGAAAUAAUAUUUGUGGUAUGAUUAUCUCCAAUCCCAAAAGGAUCUGCAUUUAUAUUAUAUCUUUAAGAUUAAGCUUAUUUUGUGAUUAAAAAUCAUAUAUGCAAUUCCAUUUCCUAUUUGCAUUCACGCUGUUCGGUUGUGUCCAGUGUUUAUACUAUAAAAUAGACUUGAUGAUAUGCAGGCCUGCCAGUAUUGUUUAAGUGCUUUUUUGUUUACUUCUUUAUAUACUUUCUUUGUUGACUAAUAAAAUACGACCAACAAAAAGGAU